ACUAGAAACGACAGUUACUGUACACAAUGGCACACCUAGGAAUUUCCUUCAAAUUCAGACCUUGUUUAGACAACCACGAGCACAUAAAAGCCCGCGAGGGUGCAACUCCCUCCAUUUAUCAUGAAAGUCUCCCCUUGAAAAAUGGCUGCAAAGGUAAAGGCAUUCCUCAUAUCCCUUCUCUCACUCAAAAGUCUCACAGACCCAGCUCCCAUCCACUGCAAGGUAAAUGCCCAAACACCCACGUCGAAAUUACAAAAGUGCCACUCUGAACCAGAGAAAAGCUACAACCACACCCUAGUGAUUGACGUGGAGGGUGCUUUACUAAAAUCCUCCCCCCUUUUCCCAUACUUCAUGCUUGUGGCCUUUGAAGGAGGUGGGCCUCUGAGGGCAUUCCUCCUUUUGAUUUUGUACCCUUUGAUUUGUUUUUUAAGUGGGCCCAUGGCACUAAAGGCCAUGGUCAUGGUCUCUUUUUGUGGGAUAAGGGAAGAUGGUUUUAGAGUAGGGAGGGCAGUGUUGCCAAAGUUCUUUUUGGAGGAUGUUAGUUUGGAGGGUUUUGAGGCUUUGAUGAGGGCUGAGAAAACGGUGGCUGUUAGUGGUUUGCCUAAGGUUAUGGUGGAAGGGUUUUUGGAGGAGUUUUUAGAGGUGGGGUUUGUUUUGGGGAGGGAAUUGAAGGUGGUUGGUGGGUAUUAUGUUGGGGUUAUGGAAGAUGAGAAGAAUUUGGAGGAGGUGUUUGAAAGGGAGAAGAUGGAUGGCGAUGAUGCUGUUGGUAUUGGGAGCUUGGACAAGGGUCUUGAUCAUCACCUCUUCUUGCAUUGCAAGGAAAUCCACUUGGUGACUGAAGCUGACAAGAGAAAAUACCAUCUCCUACCAAGACACAAAUACCCAAAGCCCUUGAUAUUCCAUGACGGCAGAUUGGCCUUCAGACCAACCCCCAUGGCCACACUGGCCAUGUUCAUGUGGGUCCCAUUUGGUUUCAUCCUAGCCAUCCUUAGAGCCCUUGUGGCCAUCCUACUCCCCUACAAAAUGUCCAUCCCCAUCCUAUCCCUCACAGGAAUGAAGCUAAUAUUCAAAACAAAACCCAACUCCUCUCCUCACAUUUCAAGCCCAAACCACAAAAAACAAGAUCCAAAUGGGAUUCUCUAUGUGUCCAACCACAGAACUCUCCUAGACCCACUAUACCUUUCUGCCUGUUUAAACAAGCCAGUGACUGCAGUCACCUACAGCCUAAGUAGACUCUCUGAGCUCAUUGCACCCAUAAGGACUGUUAGGCUUACAAGGAAUAGAGAGGAAGAUAGGAAGACCAUGGAAAGACUCCUAAGGCAAGGAGACCUCUUUGUAUGCCCUGAAGGGACCACCUGUAGGGAACCUUACCUACUAAGGUUCAGCCCCCUAUUUGGGGAGUUGGGUGCAGAGGUUGUACCUGUGGCAAUGGAUGCACAUGUUAGCAUGUUCUAUGGUACAACAGCUAGUGGACUCAAGUACAUGGACCCCCUUUUCUUCCUCAUGAACCCAAGUCCUAGUUAUGUUGUGGAACUGCUUGAUAGGGUUUGUGAGGAGUAUGGAUGUUGUGGGGUUGGUAGGAAGUCCAGGUUUGAAAUGGCACUGUUUGUGCAGAAAGAGAUUGGUAGGGUUUUGGGCUUUCAGUGCACUCAACUUACUAGGAAGGAUAAGUACUUGAUGUUGGCAGGGAAUGAAGGGGUUGUUUCAGUUGAUAACAACAUACAUCAAAGGAAGUGAAAAUGUGGGAGAAAUAGAAGGUGCAUGAGGAAUUUAGGGCCUGUUUGGACGGACCCUCAAAAUGGGCGUUUGACACAUAAUCGUCAUUUUGAGUUGAACCAUAGUUCGUGUUGGGUGUUUCUAUGCACUUCUGCAAACCGCAGUCUGAUCUCCGCUCGUUGAAGUAGGCGCUAAAAACCUCGCCGGCGAGUCGACUGCUAAAGUUGUGGGAAAACCUCUAGUGCAAGAAACACCCUUUUGCGAAAGUUGCAUCCAGACAAGCCCUUAGAUUGACCCCUCUUGCACUCAUUUCCGAUCAUACUCAAAGCAAAUUUGUAUUUUUUAUUGUACUUUAUUAAAGUGUUAAGUAUUGCGUUGAUUCUUUAAAUUUACUGAAUAAAAUAGUUGUGUUGUUAUUUAGUGAGUUGGUUUUUGUUAAAUCCAGUAAUUUAUUACUAGAAUUCUGGAAAGGGAGAUAUCAGGCACUUUUCGGGAUUCACCCCUAUUUCUAUCCACCAUAUCUUCACCAUAUAGCAUGUGUUUGGAUGUACUAUUGAAUUGAAUUGUGAUUAGUCCAAUGAAGUGGAAAUGACCAAAUUGUAAUUACCUUCCUCAAGUGUCCAGAUAAACGCAAGCUCCAAAUUGCAAAUACAUUACUUUUGAGUCUUCCUUGAAGGGGAUGUAACUGCAAUUUAAGAGUCCUACUUCCCCAUUU